GCUAAGCUGUACUAUUUAUCCUCCUGACUGUGCUAUAAGGACCAUAAUUAUACAUCACAAAGGACGUCAGUGUGAGUUGAUAAUGAGCUGCUAGUGUGGGGCCUUUAACAUGGACUUAUACAAGGCAGCUUUUCUCCUUGCGACCUUCAUCUGCUCUGUUGGUGGCACAGAAGUAGAUGGCUACUCUAAAACUGAGGGUGCAUGGGUUCUUUCUCUCCACAAAAGACAAUACACUGUACACAAUGUAGCCGACUGUGCAGUCAAAUGUGACGCUGAAACAUCCUUCAUAUGCAAAGCUUUUGCAUAUGUGGAGAAGGAUGAGGAGUGUUGGACGGCAGCAGCAAAUUCAAAGACGGAGCUUGUCCUGCGCAAACAGGGCUCGGCUUUAUAUGAAAAAAACAAAUUCCUCCUGGAGUGUGUAAAUGGAAUUGGAGUAGAUUACAGAGGGACCAAAGACCGAACGAAAACAGGAAAGCUGUGUCAGAGAUGGGAUGCCAAAUUUCCACACAAACCCAAUUACAAACCGCAGACUCAUCCUCUCAAGGACUUGGACUCAAACUUCUGCAGAAAUCCAGACUCUGAUUCCCAAGGACCUUGGUGUUACACCACUGACCCAGAGACACGCUGGGAACACUGCAAUGUCCCCAGCUGUACAGAGGAUUGUAUUCACUGCAGUGGAGAGGAUUACAGAGGAAAGACCUCCAUCACUGAAAAUGGUUUCACCUGCCAGCGCUGGGACUCCCAGAAACCUCACAAUCAUGGCUACAGCCCCUCAGCCCUUCCAGAAAAAUAUCUUGAGGAGAACUACUGUAGAAACCCAGAUGGAGAUCCGCGACCGUGGUGCUUCACCACCAGCACGUCCAAACGAUGGGAUUUUUGCUCCAUACCACGCUGCACAUCGGAACCUCCCACUGUCAUUCCUGAGAUGACCUGCAUCACUGGUGAGGGUCAAGCAUACCGAGGAACGAUUGCUGUGACAGAAAGUGGUAAAACCUGUCAGAGCUGGUCAGCUCAGACGCCUCAUAAACACAACCGCACACCUGAAAACUACCCCUGCAAAGGUUUAGAUAAUAACUACUGCCGUAAUCCUGACAAUGAAAGGAAACCCUGGUGUUACACCACUGACUCUCAAACUCGCUUUGAGUACUGCAAUGUGCCACGCUGCGGAGACUCUGCAGAUCCAGCUGAAGGUGUAGUUCCCCCUGAAGAAGAGGACUGCUAUGAGGGGAACGGCAGUAGUUACCGGGGAAUAACAUCAGAGACCAUCAGUGGGAAAAGAUGCCAGUGGUGGAUCUCACAGACACCUCACAUACAUGAAAAAACUCCAUCAAUUUUCCCCACAGCGGACCUCAGGAGAAAUUUCUGCCGGAACCCUGAUGGAGACACAGCACCCUGGUGUUACACUACUGACCCCAAAGUCCGCUGGGAGUAUUGCAACCUUCAAAAAUGCUCUGCCAGGCCCGUAGUACCAGACCCAUCUGCAAGCAGUCCUCAGGCCACACAGACUCCAACAGAGAGAGACUGCAAGGUUGGAAAUGGAGCGGCUUACAGAGGCCCGACUUCCAUGACAGUCAUGGGUGUGACUUGUCAAGCUUGGAGUGCUCAGAGCCCACAUGCACACAACAGUUUCACACCAAACACUCACCCAGAUAAAGGUCUGGAGGGAAAUAGCUGCAGAAACCCGGAUAACGAUGUUAACGGACCAUGGUGCUACACCACUGACCGCAACAAGAAGUGGGACUACUGCCAGAUCCCUGACUGUGCUGGAAUGGACUGCGGAACGCCAGUUGUCAAACCAAUGCGCUGCUUUGGCCGUGUUGUUGGGGGCUGUGUGUCCAAACCUCACUCCUGGCCCUGGCAAAUCAGCCUUCGAACAAAUGGAGGAAUCCAUUUCUGUGGGGGGACUCUGAUUCACCCUCAGUGGGUCCUCACUGCUGCACACUGCUUGGAAAGGUCCAAUCGGCCCUCCUCCUACCAGGUAUUGCUGGGGAUCCACACGGAAAGGGCUAAUGAGGAAUCCAAACAAGUGAGAAGGCUUGAAAAACUGGUGCUGGGACCAAAUAGAGCUGACAUUGCUCUCCUAAAGCUGAGCAGCCCAGCUCUCAUAAAUGACAAAGUGAUCCCUGCUUGUCUGCCAGAGAAGGAUUACAUUGUUCCCAGUGGAACAGAGUGUUACGUCACCGGCUGGGGGGAGACUAAAGAUACUGGAGGUGAAGGUCUCCUGAAAGAAGCUGGAUUCCCUGUUAUUGAGAACAGAAAAUGCAAUCGGCCAGAGCUCCUGGACGGACGGGUUAAAGACCACGAGAUGUGUGCAGGAAACCUUGGCGGAGGAGUCGACAGCUGCCAGGGUGACAGCGGAGGUCCUCUGGUGUGUUACGCACAGAAUAAGUUCAUCAUUCAGGGUGUGACAUCAUGGGGUUUGGGGUGUGCCAACGCCAUGAAACCCGGAGUCUACGCUCGAGUCUCCAAGUUUGUGGACUGGAUUGACAGAACAAUAAAGGCCGAUUAAAAUCUUCCACUAAAAAAUAUGAGUGGUGGACGAAAUGAAACGAAAUGCAGAACUGAGGCUUUUUCUUUCUGUAAUGGCAUUAAAUAACAAAUAUCUAGAGGGUAUCUGAGUUACAUACUUGAUCGCAAAUCAAUUAAUAAAAAAUAUUAAAUGCUUAUUGAAUUGCCUGAAUAAAUAACAGAAACUUUA